AUGGCGCGGCACCGUGGCGCUCCGAAGCACCGCGGCCGCUGGAGAAACGAAACGUGCUCGCUGGUAUCUGCUUUGCACAACCUCACCAGGCACGUCGUGUACCGUGGCUUGACAAGGGCAGAAGAUAUCCUCUCUCUCUUUCCUGAAAGCUUCCACCAAAAUCUGAAAAAUCUUUUGACUAAGAUAAUCCUGGAGAACAUCUCUGCUUGGAGGAAUGAAGUACAAGCAAGUCAGAUCUCCCUGCCUCGGCUGGUUGACAUGGACUGGAGGGUGGACAUCAAGACGUCUUCAGACAGCAUCAGCAGAAUGGCAGUCCCUACUUGCCUGCUUCAGUUAAAGAUUCAGGAAGAUGUUGCCUUAUGUGGAAAUAGUCCUGUUGUUUCUGCACUGACUGUGGAACUGAGCAAAGAAACCCUGGACACUAUGUUAGAAGGUCUAGGAAGGAUCCGGGACCAACUUUCUGCUGUUGCAAACAAAUGA